UUUUCUAUUGCUGUUAGGAAACUGAAUGAAUGCAUAUUUUUAUGGAUCACCGAGCCAGGCAGAAGAAAAGAAGGAUCAUUUGAAGAGUUUCUGGGCCAAACCUGACUGCAUUACUUCCGUUCUGUAGCAACCCUUCCUCAUAGAAUCGUAGCUUUGGGAAGGAACACUGGGCAUCAUAUGGUUUGACUUCCUAUUGAAUACAAGUGUAACUGGGGUUCAAACAGGGCAUGGAGAAAGUUGCCCUUCCUGAAUCUAGUCGGCCACAGGAACUUUCACCUAGGGAGACAUCAUGGCCUGCCGAUCUUCCCACAUCAGUUGGAAGAGUGGAACCAAGAACUUCAGUUCUUGCUCAGCUGUGGUGCCAAGGCUGGGAGCCCAGCCGAGUGUCACUACCCUCUCCUACCAAGCAGGAAGCCCUGGGGGUCUGGGCUACAGGAAACUUGAGGGCUUUAGCAGCCGGAGCUUGGGUGUUGUGGGGUCCCCUCAAAUUUCUGUAGGCAGUGGACGCCCUCCACGCAGUGGGGGCAGCUUUGGCUACCGAGUUGGGGGCCUGUGUGGGCCCAGUCUCCCCUCUAUCACGACUGUUACCAUCAAUGAGAGCCUUCUGACCCCACUCAACCUGGACAUUGACCCCAACGCCCAGUGCGUGAAACAAGAGGAGAAAGAGCAGAUCAAAUGUCUUAACAACAAAUUUGCUGCCUUCAUUGAUAAGGUCCGGUUCUUGGAGCAGCAGAAUAAGCUGCUGGAGACCAAAUGGAACUUCUACCAGAACCAGCGAUGCUAUCAGAGCAACAUGGAGCCCCUGUUCAACGGCUACAUUGAUACCCUGAAGCGGGAGCUGGAGAGUGUUGAGACGAACAGUGGACGGCUGUCCUCUGAGCUCAACCACACGCAAGAGGUGUUGGAGGGCUACAAGAAGAAGUAUGAAGAUGAGGUAGGUCUCAGAGCUACAGCUGAAAAUGAGUUCGUGGUCUUGAAAAAGGAUGUAGAUGGUGCUUACCGCCGCAGGGCAGACCUGGCAGCAAAUACUGAGUGCCUAGAGGAGGAGAUUAGCUUCCUUCGAGCUCUGUAUGAGGAGGAGAUUCGGGUACUCCAGUCACACAUCUCAGACACCUCUGUCGUGCUGAAGAUGGACAACAGUCGGGAGCUCAACAUGGACUCGGUUGUUGCUGAGAUCAAGGCUCAAUAUGAUGACAUCGCCAGCCGUAGCCGGGCAGAGGCUGAGUCUUGGUACCAAACCAAGUGUGAGGAGAUGAAGGCCACUGUGACCCGACAGGGAGAGAAUCUCCGGAGAACCAAGGAGGAGAUCAAUGAGCUGAACCGCAUGAUCCAGAGGCUGACGGCAGAGGUGCAGAACUCCAAGCAGCAGCGCUGCAAGCUGGAGGCAGCGGUGUCAGAGUCAGAGCAGCAGGGCGAGGCAGCUCUGAAUGAUGCCAAGAGCAAGCUGGCGGAGCUGGAGGAGGCACUGCAGAAAGCCAAGCAGGACAUGGCCUGCCAGCUGCGGGAGUACCAGGAGCUGAUGAACAUCAAGCUGGGGCUAGAUGUGGAAAUUGCUACCUACAGGAAGCUGCUGGAAGGAGAAGAGAGCAGGUUGUGCGAGGGUGUUGGCUCAGUCAACAUAUGUGUGAGCCGUUCCCAGGGGGGAGUGGUCUGUGGAGAUCUCUACCCCACUGUCGUCUCUCGAGGGACAGGGUCUGUGGGUGUCAGCACUGGUGCUGGUGGGAUCUGUUCCCCAUCGGGGGGCGUUGGCUGUGCCAGCGCUAGGUCUGUCAGGUUUGCAUAG